AUGCCUUUCCUCUACUUCAUUGCACGAUUCAGCCCUUCCAACCAGCUCAAGCUAUCCCUCUCCAAGACGCUCUCCCUCUUCUACCCGCUAGCCGGCCGCUACAAGCUUCUUCCCAAUCAGGCCCUCAAGAUCCAGUGUUGCGACUCCGGCAUCGAGUUCUUUGCCGCGACUCACCACAGCGCAGCCGAUGGAGUUGCCACGGCCGAUUUCGUGAAAGCCUGGGCGCUGAUUUCCUCCGGCCAGGAGCAUCGCGUCAAUCCGCCACACUUGGAACGAUCCCUGCUCCUGCAACCUGACGCAAUUCCACCGGAAUCCACUCCAGCGGAGUACCAGAUUGAGCCUCCGCCCUUCCCCGACCCCAGCAAUGUGGAGCGUGCAAUCCUCUCCUUCACGAGCAGCGGCAUUCGGUCGCUGCUAAAGAGCGACACCACCGCGACUCGAUUCGAAAUACUGGCGGCUCACCUCUGGAUCGCGAUCACCCGCGCCAGAACCGAGCUCUCGCUUCUUCAACUGCAUGAGGAAACGAGGCUAGGCUUCGUGGUGAAUGGGAGAAAACGUUUCAAUCCUCCAAUUCCCGAUGGCAAUGCGGUCUUUCUUGCAAUCGCAUCCUCCAGCGUCGAGCAACUUCUGGCAGGAUCGAUCGACGGCGCUGUUAAUCUCAUCCAAGAAGCCAAGUGCAGGAUCACGCACCAACACAUGCUAUCCACAGCCGCCUGGAUUGCAUCGAGGAAGUGCCCGCUAAAGAUUUCGCUCUCCUUCAAGCCCUCGGAUCUCGUGAUCUCGAGCUGGCAGCGAUUGGAGAUGGCUGGCGCGGAUUUCGGAAGCGGCAAGCCGGUAUUCGCUGGAACCAUGGGAAUUGUGUGGGCUGGAGUGGCCAUCAUUUUGCCCGAGAUCGAGGGAAACGAUCGACUUGUCGUCAACACGAUGCUUGAGCGCGGUCAAAUGGAUGUCGUUCGCAGAGAUCCUGGGCUCAUAAUUUAG